AUGAGUCUCAAAGAUUUUCCUGCUGUUUCAAGAUAUGAUUCGACUCCUGGGCCUGGAGCUUACGGCGAUGAUUUGAGGUCAUCGUUUGGUAAUCAAUAUUCUAUUGGCUUUACCAUUCGACCAAGAUAUCAAGAGAAAAAAUCUCUCACAGCCAAUGUUGAUUAUAUGCCACUUACAAGUACCCUUGGCGGCAGGAAAUCAGCGAUUGGUCCAAGAUACAAAGAUAGAGCAAUUCAAGAUACCGCAGGACCAGAAUUUUUACCAAAUCCAAAAGAAUACUUUACAAAAUCUGUAAAAAUUAAAAACAGGUAUAAAGAUCCAGAUACUUCUCAUUUACCUGGACCCGCUGAUUAUUCAAUUCAAGAUCUAUCUGGAACUAAGGUACCCGCAAUGGUUUCACGCGGCCCUAUUGUACUAGAUCUUGUUCCUGAUUCACCUGGUCCUGCGGCAUAUUCAACCAGAAGUAAAGUUGGUAGCGAUACUCCCCGCACCGCAAUACGCCCAAGAACAGGUCAAAUGGAAUCAAGAGAUAAGAAUCCUGGAUACACGUACAAUCAACCUAGUAGAAUUGGAAGUGGAAGUCCAGCUUGGACGAUCUCUCGUCGUGAUAACUCACGAAAUUCUAUAAAUUUUCCUCCAAGUUCAGCUAGCGAUUACAAUAACCAAAACGAAGAUUUUGGUCCGCCAACAAAAUUAAACGGAAAGCCAACAAAAACCGCAACUUCUCCUAAUUCAACUCGAAGAACCAAGAUACAUUCAGAUGUUCCCGAUAAUGAUGCUAGUGCAUUCAAUAAUUCAUCAAAUAAUCAAAACUCAAAUGCAGAUUCUUCUCGAUUAUCUAAUAGAGGCGGAUUAAGCACAUCAAGACGUUCUCACAAUACAAGGAGCAGUAAUAGCUCAACUCCUGGUCCUGGAGCAUACGAAAUUACAACAGAAUUCAGCCACAAAAUUGGCCCAGCAAUCAGGCCAAGGACUGCAACAUCCAGAUCUAUAAAUGACUGCAAUGCGCCAUAUGAAAAUACUCGCCGCUUUCCCGAAGUUAAACAAAAGACUAUUGCUCCUCAAUGUAGAACAGAUUUUACUGAUGUUGCAACUGUUGAUUGUCAACAUGUAGUUCUCCAAUCUACCUUAGAUCAACGUGAUAUUAAGAUCGGCCUUAAGUUCCCAGAGAAAACUGCUCAACCUAUGCCUGGACCAACUGAUUACUCCCCUGAUAAUCCAUCAUUCAGGUCAUUUAGUGCCUUUUCAGUUAAAGGACCAAUGGUUAGAGAUGAUUGGCUGCCAAAAGAUCUUUCAGUGCCUGGACCAGGAGCCUAUGACAUUCGCAGCGGAAAUAACUUGCCAAAAUGGACAAUAGGUGAUAAAUCAAGACUUUCAAAAACACGGUCUACUACAAGUGACCUCAAAGGAAGAAAAUCUUCUCAAGCACCAAAUCAAUUGUAA